CAGCUACUUAGAGAAAUCUUAGCUCAGGCUGCUUGUAGCACUUUCUCUUCAAUGUGACGCAGUGAAACUAAUGUAACAGUAGCCUAUGCUGAGGAGUGGAGACAUGGAAAGACGCGGCCUCGAUAAGGAACUCAAGACAGAGAACCACGAGGAGAAGCAUGUCUGCAAGGAAGGAACUUGAGGAGGCCUUGUGCUGCUACACCGCAGAUACCCUCACCUACAUCGACACAGUGAGAGGAUUCUGUGAGAGGAACCCGAAAUGGAUGCUGGGGAGGGAGACAGAGUUGCACAUGAUGAUGGAUAUCAAAGACAGGGCUGAUCAGAUCGACCUAAGCAUCGGCCAUGUUAAGCAGUCACAGAACAGAGGUAAGGCUAUGUUGGAAUAUAUGAAGAGCAAGGUAACCCAGGUGACUGCAGACAGCAGGCGUGCAGAGCUGGAGACCGAGCUGGCUGAAGUACUUAAGGCCACUCUGGGAGGUCUGGAGGAGCUCGACUGCUUCCUGGAUGCAGUGGAGAAACUGGCGGUCACCUCGCUUCAUGUGUUCAUGGAGGAGUACCAGGUGCUACAUCUGCCAGAAGGGAUCAGCCCUGAACAUGUUCAGGUUGUCAUCAUUGCUGCACGGCUAAUCUGCCCUCUCCUCCUCGAGUUUAAAAGAGAUGCAAGUGUCUUCUUCCUUCCCAAACUUCAGAAUGUGGAAGUGCUGUCAUAUCAGCUGGACAGAUACAUUCAGACCACCAAGACAAUCUGUGAGAAGUUAGAGAAAAGCUCCCUCUGUGAGUUUUUCCUGAAGAACACAGACACCCUGGUAGACCUCAAUGGAGAUUUGUCUGAAGAGGACAUACAAAGGAUGCUUUUUCACAUUAAUCAGCUUCAUGAAAUCAGGAUGGACCAGAACUUCCGGAUGGUGUUCUUGUUUCAGGAUGAGCCAUGUUCUGGCUUCAUUGAUGAGUUCAAUGAGCGACAGCCCAGAAUGCUACAGUUUCUUAAAGACCUGGAGGAGAAUGCUGUUCAGCUGGACAGCAUGAAUAAGGGGGCAAAGAUCUCCAGUGUGGUAGGCAGCUCAGUGGGGGCAGUUGGAGGUGUGCUUUCCAUCAUUGGUUUGGCAUUAAUUCCUGUAACAGCUGGAGUGUCUCUAGCUCUGACAAUGACGGGGGUAGGGAUGGGAAUAACCAGCGGAGUCAACAGUGCUGUAACCACUGUCACAGAGAUUGGAGUUAACCGCAAACAUCAAAAGAAAGCCAGUGAAGUUUUCCAGAGGUUCAUGGAGGAUGUGCAGAGUAUCCAGGGUUGUCUAGAGGUCACCCAAAGCCAAACAAGCCAGAUAGAUGUGGUUCUGGGAGUUGGCAAGAUGCAUUGUAAAGCUGGUGCUAUUGGAAAAGGUAUUGAUUCACUUGUUGAUGCUGCCUCCACUGUUAAGCUGUUAAAAAGUGAAGAGCUGGUGACAAGUGCUGGCAGAGUGGCAGUGCAGGAAGGAAAAGCAUUGUGUAAUGUGCCCAGGGUGGCAGCAGAUCUCCCAGAUAUUGGACAGGCAGCUGUCAAAGGGCCUCUUGCCCUCUCCAAGUCAGCCAGGGCUGGUCUCAUUGGGCUCAAUGCUCUCUUUGUUGGCAUGGAUAUCUUCUUUAUCUGUAAAGACAGUAUGAGUCUGGCCAAAGGCAGUGAGACUGAAGUCUCACAGUUCAUCAGAGCCAGAGCUGCUCUUUGGAGCUCUGAGAUGGACUCAUGGCAGAGGAUUCAUGACUCACUGAGCACAGGUCUGCAGACAUCAGAGAAAAACAAAGCUAUCCUGGAGACGCCAUUUUAUCCAGAGCAGGAGAUGAAGAAACAAAGAGAAACAGAAACAGAAGUUCCAUCUGUUGAAGUGGAUGAAAGUCAAAAAAUUGGAGAGAAAAAAAAUUGUGUAAUACAGUAGCGUUGGUGAACAGAGACAAUAGCCCUUUUUACACAGAGAUAGCACUGUAAGAAAUCCCUCUUCAUGCCGCCUUUGUAUUUUUACACAGAAGCAAACAACAACAAUACCAGGCUGCUCCAGAGUGUGAUUUUAGACAGCAUGCUGGCAUCGCAGAAUCCAAAGAGGCGUGACAGGUGUGGCAUAUAAUCAAACAAUGUCGGCCUCCAGUGUGACAUAUAACAUGUGUCAGCAGCACUGACGUCAAAACCCGGAAGUUUAGCAUUGCGCUGGUUCCUGGAAGAGAAAGUGAAUGUGAUUUUUGCAUUGCGUUUUGGAUUAUGUCAGAAAAUAAGCUCUGUGGCUAACACAAGUUUAUGAUACUUACAGGUUUUGUUCAGCGAGAUAAUCUUCAUAUAUGAACACCUUUCAUACCGUAUUUGAAAUUAAAAUGCGAUCGCCAGAAGUAAAAAGCUAACGUUAGGCUUUAACGGACUAAAUGACUACUCCACGGUCGCAUGACUCUUGACGUCACCGCCACAAAGCUUUCAACUGAUUUUGGCCGCUUUGUUUUAAAAACGUUGUAUAAUGGGAAAAUCGGACUGUUUAAGCUAAAUAAGAAGCUGUAAUGGCGGACUGCCAGCACUCUCGCCUGUUCAGGGAUGAAGACGUUUAAUGUCCCCGACAGGGUUUGUAGUCAUAUUGAGCAACUUGUUAGCAACCGCCUUUUUUACGACACGUAAAAGCUUCAAAAUUCACAAGUAGGGUAUUUACUGACGUGUUUUAUGUCGCAGAACAAAACCUGAAACUCGCUUAAGCGAGCUAACGGAGUUCCGGGUUUACUGGCACACUCUAUUGCAUAACAUGGCAAUAACAAUCAUUAACCAUCCCCUGUUACAUGGUGGCUGAUCACGUCUGCUCCUUAGAGGGUAAGGAGCUCCCUGACCUCAUUGUUUUCCCAAUUUGUGGACAUUUUCAGCCGCUGUUCUUCUUUGAGUUAGCUGCUAACUGUUACUACAAAUUUUGUCUCCUAUGAUAGGUUGCAUGCAUGCAUGAUAGUUGUCAAAACUCACAUCCAUGCCACCCAUGAUCCCAUCCUGCCAGUUGUCCUGUUAAUACAGAUAUUGUUUCGGCGUUGUGAAUACUUCCAAUGCCAGCUUAAAGGUGAGACAACUCUGCCCCCCCCCCACUCCACAAUUAUACCUUUUAUACAGCAUGGCGAGGCGGCAUAAUGGCAUGACAUUUCCGCUUUAAAGAGGGCUGUGUAAAAACGGCUAAUGACGCUAAUGAAUGUCAUGUUGCCAACUCUGACACUUUGAUCAGAAAUGAGAUCCAUUUAAACUGUUUAGCAUCAUAGAGCAUUAAAAUGUAGGGAUUUUUAAUCAGCUGUAGGGGUGGGCGAUAUGGCCCUGAAAGAAUAUCACAAUAUCUAAAGGUAUUUUUGUGAUAACAAUAUUCUUGAUGAUAUGACAUAUUAGGGAAAAAAUGUAUUAUCAAUUUAAGAAAAUAGAAUAAGUGACAUAGUGAUAUAGUUUCAUAUGUCAACCAGUUUGUCUUCAAAUAUUCAGUAAAAACUAAACAAAAAUUAUCUCUUAUUUAUUUAGUUUGUAAAGAACAACACUAACUCAGAGUGAGAUUCAGAUUCUGUAUACAAUAUUAAUAGAAAAAUAAAAUCUACCACAAGUUAAUGUGUAUAUAUAUAUAUAUAUAUAUAUAUAUAUAUAUAUAUAUGUAUAUGCAAGUGAUUUCGUCACUUGACGAUACUGACUCCUGUGUGUGCACGGCAAUCGAGGAGAAGGAGAGAUGGAACCACCAUGGAGUCUGUAUUUAUUUUUGCCCUUUACCUAUGCUUGUUGUUACCAUGGGUAACAGUAUGACGUCAAUAUGUCAACAAGUUCAAAUAUCGUGAGUAUCAUGGUAUGAAUUUUUCAUAUCAUAUUAAAAAAAUACCAGUAUAUCAUGAACAAGAUGAUAUGGCACACCCCUAAUCAACAGUAAUUCUCAUGACAUAAACCUGUUUGAGUCAUGAAUUUAUUAACUUUUUGCUUAACUUGUUUCAAAACAUAAUGCAUUGUACUUUACCUGAUGAUAAAUGUGAAUAUUCUAGAGUUGCAAUUACUGCCAUGUACUGUAUGCAAAAUUAUCUACAUUCCAUAUGAUUCUGCAUUAUUCACAUGUUCAGUUCAAUCUGCACAUUUUUCCUUCACAAAUAAAUAAUUCAACUUUUAAAAA